AUGGCCACAUUUCAUCACCACUCUUUUCUCCUCUCCAUCAUCCUCGUAACCCUAUCUGCCGCCGGGACCGCCGCCGUGAAAUUCCACAUCGCCGCCGCCACCCCGGCCAUCAGGUCCACCUUCAACCGCCGCAUAGGGAUCCGCUACGCCACACAGACGAUGACCACAGCCUCCAGCUUCCUCUUCAAGACGUUCAACCAGCGCGACGUGGCCGACCGCAAGCCUUUCCGAAACGUCACCGUUUCCAUCGACAACUCCGCGGACCACGGUCUCGUGGUCAACAACAAGAACGGCACAGAGACCAACGAGUUCCGCAUCGGAGUCAACUGCUUCUCCAACGUCAGCUCCUCCACCGCAGCGGCCAGGCGGCUGGAGUUCUCGGGAUUGGUGUACCACUACAUGACGUACGUGUGGGGAUGGAACGGUGGAGGGAAAGCGCCCGCCGGGCUGAUGUCCGGGACGGCGGAUUACGUGCGGUGGAAGGCUGGUUUCGGGCUUCCGGAGAAGGCGGCGGGCGGCGCGGGGGAGAGGUGGGACCAGGGUGACGAUGUGACGGCGAGGUUUUUGGACUAUUGCGGCGGUUUGAAGAAUGGGACGACGAGGUCGUUUGUUGCGGAGAUGAAUAAGUUGUUGAAGGAUGGAUAUAGCGACGGGUACUUUAAGCAGCUAUUGGGAAAGAGCGUCGGUGAUCUUUGGCGGGAGUAUAAGAAUGCCGUUGGCAAAGACGGUCGGUUCAAACCGAUUUUGCACUGA